AUGCACUUGUCUUGGAUCACGUUGGCCGCGGCUGCGACCGCCCUGGCUUUACCAUCAGGAUCUUCACCCACGCCCACUUUGCCAAAUUCUUUGGCAAAUCGUCAAGACUCUACUGUAACUUCUUCAUCAACAUCAUCUAUUCCGACGGGAGACUUCAUCGCGACAAAGUACAUCACCAUUCCCGGCGUUACGAAUAGCUACGUCACAGUCCCAGCAAAGACCAUCGAUAUCGCCAUCCCAACGUGUGUCCAGACGAUCGAGCCCGAUGCCAAUGGCUACAUCCCACCCGGCGAAUGCGGUGCCAUCUGGAACUACUACCCUAGCUUCGCGGCUGCGGCGGUGUUUGCGGCUCUCUUCGGCAUUUUGACCGUCGUCCACAUCUGGCAGGCCGCCAAGCACAAGAAGAGAUGGUGUUGGGUUAUUAUAAUGGCGAGCAUUUGGGAGACUCUGGCCUUCAUCUUCCGAGCUGCAAGCAGCAAGAAUCAGCAGAGUAACGGCAUCUACCUCGUUUUUCAGAUUUUCAUCUUGCUUGCGCCUAUCUGGGUAAACGCCUUUGCAUACAUGACCUUGGGCCGCAUGAUUUACUUCUUUCACCCCUCGCGCUCUCUCCUCCGCAUUCCCGCCGCAACAUUCGCCGCGAUCUUUGUCGCACUUGACAUCAUAUCAUUUGCUGUUCAACUCACUGGAGGCAGCAUGGCCGGCCCAACAGCGCCACCCGCGGAACAGAUGAAGGCGAUUCAUAUCUACAUGGGCGGUAUCGGACUCCAAGAGUUCUUCAUCCUCAUCUUCGUCGCCCUGGCAUUGAAGUUCCAGGUCGAGAUGCAAAGCCUAGACAAGCUUUCCAGGAAGCAAUCCCGCUCCUGGAAACCUCUGCUUUGGGCGCUUUACUUUUCCCUCGGCAUGAUCUCAGUACGGAUCAUCUACCGCCUGAUUGAGUUUUCUUCGGGCCAUGGGAUUGACAAUGUCUUGAUUACACACGAGGCUUACUUCUACGUCUUGGAAGCUUUGCCGAUGCUUCUCGCCAUUGCGGUCUUCAACGUGUACUACAGCGCCAGAGGAAACCUGAUCAGCAGCCCGCUUGGUAACAGACAGGGUCAACUCAGCGUCUCAGCUAUCGUAAUGCCUUCUCAAGAUUCUAGUCCGCCACGGCGGCUUUUCCUCCAGAUGUCAGGAGCGCCGGGCGCGGGCAAAAGCACCACAGCAAAUCUCCUAGCCCAGCCUCUUGAUGCCGUCAUCCUCGAUCUUGACGUUAUCAAGUCCUCUCUCCUCGAUAAUGGGGUACUAUUUGAGCAGGCCGCAAAGCUAGCUUACUCAACGCUCUGGGCGCUCGCCGGCAGCAUGCUCAUACAGGGCCGCAAUCUCAUUGUAGACUGCACCUGCAACUACGAAGAAGUAAUCACGAGUGGGAGAGCCCUGGCGGAAAAAGUAGAUUUUGAGUACUGGUACAUCGAGUGCAGACCUCAAGUCGACAUUGAUAUGCUAGAUGAGAGAUUGCAGAAGAGGGUAGCGAUGAGAAGUCAGCGUACGGGGAUAUAUAGUCCUCCGGUUGACAGCAAUGCGUGCCAAGGACGAGACGAACAGGAGGCCUUGUUUCGAAGAUGGAUUGAGAACCCGUACAGACCCGACGGCAACGUGGUUGUCGUCGACACUUCGAAGCAUCCAAACGAGUGCCGAGAGCAGGUAUUGCAGGCAAUGGAAAAGUGA